AUGGUGGUUGGCUUAGGUCCCGGAAGUAGUUUCUUUACCAGGCACGUGGGUACAGGAGACGGGAAUAUGAAGCUGCUCACACAUAAUAUGCUGCGGAGCCACGUUACCGGGGUGACCCGGGGCUUCCCGCUCAUCAUUCGGGCAGAUGAAGUCAAGGUCAAUUCUGUGGAUUUCAACCGAGAGUUUGUAUCACGCAUGAUUCCUAAACUAGAGUGGGAAGCAUUGGUGGAAACUGCAGAAACCCUUGGACAUGGGUCUGGCCUACCUCGAGAGCUUCUGUCUGGAUAUGAAAAUGAUGAGGAGUUCCUGAAAAAAGUUCAUCACGUGCUACUGGAGGUUGAAAUCAUUGAAGGUGCACUAAAGUGCCCAGAAUCUGGAACAGAAUUUCCCAUCACAAGAGGAAUUCCCAACAUGCUUAUUAAUGAAGAGGAAUCCUAA